UCCGCGGCGGCGCGUCCCCGCCCCGGGGCUGGCCGAGGGCGAGGGGCGGAGGUUCCGCGGCGGCGGCGCCGGGCGCGCUGUAGGGGCAGCCCGGCCGCCGCGGGGCCGCCAUGCCCGCCAAGUCCAAGUACAACCUGGUGGAUGACCGGCACGACCUCCGCAUCCCGCUGCACAACGAGGACGCCUUCCAGCACGGCAUCUGCUUCGAGGCCAAGUACAUUGGGAGUCUGGAUGUGCCGCGGCCGAACAGCCGGGUGGAGAUCGUGACGGCCAUGCGGCGGAUCAGGUAUGAGUUUAAAGCCAAGAACAUCAAGAAGAAGAAAGUGAGCCUCAUUGUGUCGGUGGAUGGUGUGAAGGUCAUUCUGAAGAAGAAGAAGAAGCUUCUUUUGUUGCAGAAAAAAGAAUGGGCCUGGGAUGAGAACAAAAUGCUCGUCAUGCAUGAUCCCAUCUACAGGAUAUUCUACGUGUCUCAUGACUCCCAGGACUUAAAGAUCUUCAGCUACAUCGCCAGGGAUGGGUCUAGCAAUGUCUUCAGGUGCAACGUCUUCAAAUCCAAGAAGAAGAGCCAAGCCAUGCGCAUCGUCCGGACAGUGGGGCAGGCAUUCGAGGUCUGCCACAAGCUGAGCCUACAGCACACCCAGCAGAACGCAGACGGGCAGGAGGACGGAGACAGCGAGAGGAACGGGGAUGACCUGGAUGUCCCAGCCUGCCGCCUCGCCAGUGCUGAGAGGGUGGCCGCAGCAGCGGAGGAGACAGACAUUGACGCCGUGGAGCUGCCGCUGCCUGGAGCUGACAUCCUCGACUUCAGCCGUGGGGUGACUGACCUCGACGCCGUGGGCAAGGAGGCAAGUGGCUACGCUGAUGCCAAGGGCUGUCUCCACCCUGAAGACAUCCUGACAGCAUCGCCCAAGAUGCUGCUGCCCUCGUCUGCCCAGCUGCCAGACCUGGGGACACCCCUCUCUGCCCACCACCAGAUGCAGCUUCUCCAGCAGCUCCUGCAGCAGCAGCAGCAGCAGACGCAAGUGGCCGUGGCACAGGUCCACUUGCUGAAGGACCAGCUGGCUGCAGAGGCAGCGGCACGGCUGGAGGCCCAGGCACGCGUGCACCAGCUCCUGCUCCAGAACAAGGACUUGCUGCAGCACAUCUCGCUCCUGGUCAAACAGGUGCAGGAGCUGGAGCUGAAGCUGGCGGGGAACAACACUACAGGCUCCCAGGACAGUCUGCUGGAGAUCACCUUCCGCUCCAACGUCCUCCCCGUCCUCUGCGACCCGACCACCCCACAGCCUGAGGACACCCACCCGCCGCCACUGGGCCCCGGCUCGGGCUUCCCCAGCACUCUGGGCAGCCCAAUAGGUAGGAACGACUGUCUGGUGAAGCUGGAGUGCUACCGCUUUCUGCCGAGCUCGGGGCCACCUGCCUUGGAGGAGCCAGCACUGGGCAGCCUGGAGCUCCUCAAAUUCCGCGAGUCGGGCAUCGCCUCCGAGUACGAGUCCAACACGGACGAGAGCGAGGAGCGAGACUCCUGGUCCCAGGAGGAACCGCCGCGCCUGCUCCACGUCCAGCCCAGGCAGGACCUGGGCGACAGCCUGGAGGAUGAGAUUGCAGUGUAGGGGUUGGCAGGAGGUGGUCUGGAGCAGCCAGGACCCACCGGAGCUGGGGCAGGUCCUGGCCAUAACCCCCAAGCCCUGGCAGGGAUGGGACAGCCCAGAGGGAGAGGGGACAGAGGAGGGAGCAUGAGACUUCCAGCACACAUUUGGGAGGUGUGCAGAGGUGAGGACAAGCUGUGUCCUGGGGGUGUGCUGGAUGUGCUGUGCUCCAGCGUGCAUGGGCUUGUGUGCUGGGCUGGAGAGUCCCUGCUUCACAUGGAACAGCGAGCUGACAGCUGCGUGUGCUCCCCCUGGUCCCUGUCCCCCCACAAGCUGCGUUUGGAGGUCAAGCAGAAGCAAAGGACCCCUCAGGACACUGCUGGAUCAGCCACUGUGCUGAUGCUGCUGCAGGGGGAGCAGGGAAGCAGAUGAAGGUUUUUGCAGGGGGAACAAGAGAGAAGGCACAGGGCAGAGCGAGAACAAGAGGGACCGAGGAGCCAGUGGAGGGCUGUGAGCAGGAUCAAAGCUGCUGGCAGGCGUGUCUACAUGAUGGAGAUGUUGGGAGAUGAGGCCAGGGCAGAGUUAGCGGGAGAUUUGGGGUUGGUGACAGUGCACUGUCGGUGUGGGUGUGUGAGAGGUGAGGCAGUGAGGGACAGCGGGGAUGAGCCUGGGAAGGAGCUGAAGGGGUGAGACGAGGUCAUGCCAGGUUCGGGCAGCUCCUGGCAGGGUGAUGGUGUUUGUGGUACCUCCCAGACAGAGUUUGUCCCUAUCUGAGGCAGGUAGAGGGUGUGGGGGCACUGCCCGCUCCUCUCCCAGCCUGUGGAGUGGGGUGGAAGGCAGGGCUGGGUGUGGAGCACGCAGCAUGGGGACACCUAGUGUCCUUCCCCUCAUUAUCUAGUCUUUGGGUUCCUCGCCAUGGGUGCCAUGUUUCAGAGCCUUUCUGGUGCUCUCAAGUCACGUUUUCAAGCAUUUCCCUGCACCUCCAUCACCACGAACUCCCUGCUUUGCUUUAUAGACAAACCCUGCUGUUCCCAAGCAGUCACUUGUCCCUAGAGCAGGGCUGGGGGACGCAGUGCUGGCAUCUGCGCUAUGCAGGGGUGGGCACAUGUGCUGCCCCUAAGUGGGCAGCAAACUGCUGGUGUCUGCAGGUGGGCUCCUUCAUGACUCUGGUUUGCACCCCCCAGAAAAGUGAAUCCAAGAUCUUGGGAUCCCCCACCAGACCCCCAAGGCACCCACGGCUGAGCCAUCUCUGGGGGCCUCCAAGCUUGUCUCUUUUCUACAAGCACAUUUAUCAGCUGCCUGUUGCUGCAGUCUCUUAGGAGGUCACAGCUGAAGGGGUAUGAGCCAGAGUCCUGAUGCCCCCCCCGGUUCUUGUGAAAACUCUUGACAAGUUGGGAAUUGGCACAGUUGUUUCCUCCCUGUUCACCCUCCUGUCCUGCUUCUGUUUCACUUCAUUGCUUCCCUGCCACUCUCGCCAUCACCAGCUCUGUCUGUGCUAGAUCUGCCUGCACCUAACCCCUAGCUGAGCAUCUCCCAGGCACGAUCUCCUGCUCUCCUCCAGGUGUUAGCCCGGCUGCUGAGGAAGGUCUGUUGCUUCUUUCUGCCCCAGCCCCAGAGGACUGAGGGCUCCUGAGGAGAGAGGUUGGGGUGAGACCCUGGGAUUGGUAUGAACAGUGCCCCGCACCCUCCAGCACAGGAGGAGGCUGGAUGCUGUGCAACAACCAGUGGGAAGGAAAGCCAUGCUUCAGUGUCCUAGCAGCACCCUGGUGUCCAGGGGAGCUCCCAGACUGGCCACAAAUGGGAGCAAGUCCCAGUUGCAGGGCAUCCCAGGUUCUCCUGUCCUCUGGCCACCAAUACCUUCUCAUACCCUGACCUGUGCCGCUGUGUGUCAGCCGCUUUGCUGGGGACUGCGACAUCCCACUUCCACCACACAGCGCUUGGAGGUGAAGGUACAAGGUGGGAGGCUGGUCCCACUGAGAGGGAGAGGUGGGGACGGCAGCACACACAGGACAUGGCACAGGCAGAUGGAGGCACAGGAGAUGGCAGGAGCUCAGCCAUAAGUUCAGGACAGAUGAAGGGAGAGCCUGGGAGGAGCAGCAGGAAGUCUCUUCCAGGCAGAACUGAGCCAUCUCCUGCCCAUCCCUGCUGCACACGCACAGCACAGGCAGGGCCCCCAGGGGCUGCAGGGACCGGCUGUGGGCUCAGCUUUCUGCCUGGCACUCUGCUCACAGGGGAAGGUGGUGAGUGCCCUGUGGGCUUGGGUAUGCUGCUGGAACUGGUGGGACCCUGCCAGCAUCCUGCUGCACUGUGGGUGUACAUGUGUAGAUGAUCCUCCUCCUAAGUCAGCGCUGCCUCCAAGACACCUCUCUAGCCUCUGACUUUUGUUAUGGACCUGGACUGGGAAUUUAUAGCUAUAUUUUUUGUCCUUUCUUUUCCUACAACUGUCAUGUUACUAACUGUUGACUCAAUCUAUCAAGAAACCAAUCAAUCUGUCAAUGUAAGUGCACUUAACCCUUGGGUGUUGUCAUUAGUCAACUGGCUUUUGCUAAAUAAAUCUUUCUAUUUCUCAAGGC